UUACGCGCGGUACUUCAGACCAUCCCUCCGCGCAUGCGGUUGAUCAGCAGGUGAACAGACACGCAGCUGCCACCUUCACGCUACUCCUGGGGAAAUGAUGUCCGGCAGAAGUUUCAGUGAGUCAUGGCGUCUUCUGGACCAGCUUUCUGGAAACCCCACAUGGCAGCAAUCUUACUCUGUCUGCAAGACCGAGUGGCAUUUUCAGGAAGACAGUGAGAAUGUUAUGUCCACGGCGGAGUUCACGACGGACGGUCCAUUGGAGAACGACUUUGUCAUUCCAGAGAAAGAAGAACCCUGCUCUUCUGCAUCCUCCUCCUCUGAGGCCACUGUCUUCUUCCCUGAAACCUCGCCACCACCGCAGUACAGAGCUCCAAGGCACACGCACAGAGCCACAGAGAAAAUGAGACGCAGACGAGCUGCCGUAUCACAUCCCUAUAAAGCCAGAGGAUACCAUGUGAAUAUAGCACCUACCUCUACGGGACACAGGUGUGGCGGCUUCUGCUGCAGCUGUAGUCAAAGAAGAUACAAACCGUGGGAUAUCAUGGCACGGAGAGCCAGGCUAAGAGCAGCAACAGUUGCGCCGAAUGUGCCAGCAGGGCAGCACCUUCCUGUGACCAUCCACCCGACCAGAUGGUUCCAGGUCGUGGGGAGCUUGCAGUGCGAACACUGCAAAGCCAAGGGGAGGUACCAGAUGACGUCUUGGAUGUGCCAGCUCUGCAUGGUGCCCCUGUGUCUUAUGCCGUUCAGAAACUGCUACUCCGCGUGGCACGCUCAGGGGUAUUAAGCUCAGAGUGUCUAUGUGGCUUUUCUUUUGGGCAGGGUGAUAAAAGUUCAAUCUUCCAUCAUGGUUUACUUUUCUGAUGUUUAAGGCACUUCUGUUGGCUGGUGGGCUUUCCCUGGUUCUCUUAAAUUUGUAGUGCACAUGUUAGAUGUUUCAAUGCAGAUUGCUGAGUUGUGCUCUCACUUACUCUGAGUAGUCGGUGAAAACAGAUAGAAUAACAAGAAAUGUUCCUCCAGAUUUUCCAGUGGAGAGUUUUAUUUUGUGGAGCGGUCAGUUGAUGUACACUCCUGUUGUUAUCCAAACAAUCCCACAGCUGUGAUUGUGGCACCUUUAAAAGAAAACGAUUCAUAUAAAUGUUACCUUUUUCUGUAAAUGGUGGUUUCUGAAUAAAUGAUUAAGUAUUGUA